GGCGGCCCGCUUGAGGAUGUGUUCAUACACGUCCCUUACUACUGAGACCCAUUUGUAUAAAUUGUAAAUUGUAGGCCUGCCUUACAAAAGUUGUAAGCCCCUAGGCCUACUUAUCUUCAUAUGUUAUUGUAGAGUAUUCCCUCACCAACUUAAAUGUAUCUCAUGUGAAUGCGUUAUCUGAUUAAGGCAUUACAUAUACAUGGCAUAGUUGUCAUGUCUCUCAUGUGACAAGAUGGAGUCACAAGCAAUUGAAGAUCAACCCUGUGUUAUUCUGGAAGACGAUGAAGACACCCACAACCUUAGUCCCAAGUCAGAGCCUCGCAGUCCAUUGUCAGCUAAAAUGGAUCAUCGUAAUCAGCCUAAUGCUAGUGAAAUAGUGGACGAACAGUCGGUGACUGGCCAGGAUGAGCCACUUCGAUAUCAGUGUACGGAGUGUGACUUCCAUUCGACCAGCUCUCAUCAGUUGGAAAAACAUAUCAGAACACACACGGGUGAGCGUCCAUAUUCCUGCACUAUUUGUGGUUUUGCGUUCUCCCAGAAAGGCAACCUAACCCGUCACUUCCGCACCCACUCCGAUGAGCGUCCUUUCCAGUGCCCUGUCUGCCAUUACAGCGCACGCAGAAAGGACGCCCUCAUUGCUCACCUGGAUACGCAUCGUCAGGAACGUCUCAAUGUUUGCCCCUACUGCAAUACAGCCUACAAACAGAAGGCAUCACUGAAGUACCAUCUGAAGAGGUGUGGCUAUCAGAAAAUGGGCGGACCCCUCAAUCAGGUAGAUGGUCACGGGUCAUCAUCCACAUCAGAUCCUUUUUCAUUGUAUGAAGGAGUUCGAUUAGAACAUGGUGGGGGACCAUCUUUCUCUGAUAAUCUGAGAUCUCCAUCAGAUGUUGAAGUGGAACUUGCCGAGUGUGAUCACGGAAAAAGAAUUAAAUUCAGUCAUGAUGAGGAGUCAUCUCGAGAUUCAAGCCAAGACAGGAACAGUGGUUUAACAGACACAGCUAGCAAUGAGGACUUGGAAAAAGCUCUAUCUAACGUCAUGCAGAUGUAUGGUUCAGAGAUGUGCUUGACAAACCGUGCCAGUACGAGCCUUGAAGGAAACAUUCAUGUGACACCUACAAUAACUGCAGUCUACUCACAAGCACCUAUGGAUGCAGAACGAGAGACAGAAAACCCCCAACUUCCCUCCAAGAAUCAGCCUCCUGCAAGGAACCAGAUGUCACCUUCAACAAAUAAACACAGCGACCACUCAUCAGCUCUAAGGUACAGAGGCACCAUUGAUUUGAACAAAACGAGGGAUUUCUUGAACAAAAGUUCCUUGGUUUCUCACGGUAAGACUGGAGCCAUGCAAGGGGUGGCAGUCCAAGAUGGUCUUGAUGGCGGUAGUGAGACAAGCGAGUCAAAUGACAGUUUGAGUCACCAUGACGAGCCAGUCGCUUCCUCGAGCCACGGACACUUGCGUCAGAAGCCACACAGUUCCACUCGCCCCAGCAAAAUCCAAGACAAGGCCGACUCUACCGAAACAGUCAACGUAAAAUCGCCAGCUUAUGAUUCUCAACAGCACAGAAAUCCAAGAAGAGCUGUCGCUGACGAGUCAGGGGAACAACUCUGCAGAAAUUGCAAACGGGAGCUCUCAGGUGCCGACAACUUCAAAUGUGAACACUGUGAGAUCAUAUUCCUUGAUCAUGUCAUGUAUACCAUUCACAUGGGUUGUCAUGGUUUUCGUGAUCCAUUUGAGUGCAAUAUCUGUGGGCAUCAGUGUAAAGAUCGAUACGAGUUUGCUUCACAUCUUGCAAGAGGCAAACAUUUGUAGGCUAAACAUAUUUUAUAGCAUAUACGUAUGUUUUGAAAGCAACUCUAUUUACAUUUUUUUUCAUUUCCUUUUUUCUGUGAACCCAGAGUUUUGAAGGUGUGCCAUUUUUAGAUUUAUGUUGAAAUUUGUUCACUCCCACUCAUGGCUUCAGAGCAUUUCUCUUUUGUGGUUCCAAUUCUCAAACACUGCAGAAAGAACAGAGCUCCCAGAAUGGUGUCAAAGAGUAUGAUAAAAUCAUCUUUGUGUUGGCUUUUUUUUAGUGCUUAUAAUUUAUUUAUUUUGAGGUAUUCACUAUGAUUUAUAAAAAGCAUGAAUAUGAAAUAUGUUAGCUGAUACAAUUGGUAAUAUGCGGAAGCAAACUGCAGAACAUUUUUCAGAAUUUUGCAUGAAAAGUAAAUUUUAUGGGUAAAGUGGAAAGUAUUGAAGUUGAACAUGUAUGGAUACCAAGAAUGACCUGGUAGAAACAUCUAGGUCGCUUCCUACAUGUAUGACAUAAUGGCUCAGCAGUAUUUGACAGGCUAAAAAAGCCCUUUCACGUGAUAUUGUUGCUAUAAGUGACCAGAAUACAAGAGCAUUUCUUUAAUGAGACUUGUUUGUUGUCAGGGUUGAUUUCACUGCAGUAUUAGAAAGGUACUAGUAAAAACAUGGGUACCUGUACUGAUAAAAUAUUUUCGGGGGGGGGGGUCAAAGCACUCAGCAGCAACCUGACAAGCCAUCAGUAGGGAAAUGGGCCGAUUCUGAAUUAAAGAAUUUCUUCGUAAAUUGGAAUUCACGUUCAUACAUGUAACUUGCAUCCCAAAUUGGAAGUGAAGAAAUAACAAUACCUAGUCCCUUGUACUGCAUGUGUGCUC